CGAGAAGGGAGAGAUCAUCCGUCGUCCGAGAGAAGCGAGCUGGAAGAAAGCUAGAGGACAGGCUCUGACCACCACCACACCCGGUCAUGGUCACCCUCCUCGCCUUCCGGCUCCCACCUCUCUUCCUCCUCCUCGCCGCCGCCGCCGCCGCCGCUGCUGCUGACAAUGGCAACAUGACGGAGGCAGAGGCGGCGGCGAUGGCUGCGCUCGUAAAUCUCAAGAAGUCGUUCACGGACCCGACCGGCAGGCUGGAGGCGUGGUCGGCGACGUCGCCGUUCCCGCCGUGCGACGCCGCGAGCCCCUGGCCCGGCGUGCAGUGCUACAAGGGCAGCCUCGUCGGCGUCCGCCUCACGCACAUGAACCUCUCCGGCACGUUCGACUUCGGCGCCAUCGCCAAGCUCCCCCGCCUCCACUCCGUGAACCUCAAGCACAACGCGCUGUCCGGCCCGCUGCCGGCGAGCCUCGGCACCCUGCGCGGCCUCCGCGCGCUCUACCUCUCCUCCAACAACUUCUCCGGUCCCAUCCCCGCCGACGUGUUCGCCAACAUGCGGUGGCUCAAGAAGCUCUACCUCGACAACAACCGCAUCACGGGCCCGCUCCCCGCGGACGCGAUCGCCAAGGCGCCGCGGCUCAUGGAGCUCCACCUCGACCGCAACCAGAUCGACGGGCCGGUUCCGUUCAAGCUGCCGGAGUCGCUCAAGCGGUUCAACGUGUCCCACAACCGCCUCAGCGGCACCAUCCCGCAGAGCGUCGCCGAGCGCUACGACGCGUCGUCGUUCGCCGGGAACCCCGGGCUGUGCGGGUCGCCCGGCAGCGACGCCGCGGUGUGCGUGGCGGCCGGGCCGGCGCUCCCGCCGGCGUUUCCGCCGCCCACGGCGGCGGAUUACAUGGCCAUGGAGGAGGAGACCAGCGUGUUCGUCGUCAUCGGCAUCAUCCUGCUCGUCAUCCUGCUGGUCAGCGGCGCCAUGGUGCUGAUGCUGCGGCAGGACGAGAGGAACAGCGUCGCGACGGCGUGGGACUACUACGCGGGCAGCACCACCACCGGCGGCGCCGGCGCCGGCGCCAGCGGCUCCAGCAAGUCCGUGGCGGAUGCGGCGUCGACGACGGCGGCCGCGCCGCGCGCCGGGGAGGCGGUGGCCGUGGACAUGGCCAGCGGCGGGUCGUCCAGCAGCCACGGCGGCGGCGGCAGCAGCUCCGGGCGGCGGAUGGGCGAGUUCGUCCUCCUGAACGAGGACAUCCCCGCGUUCGGCCUGCCGGACCUGAUGAAGGCCUCCGCCGAGGUUCUGGGCAACGGCACCCUCGGGUCCGCGUACAAGGCCGCCAUGCGCAACGGCGUCACCGUGGCCGUCAAGCGCCUCCGCGACAUGAACCGCUUCGGGCGCGACGAGUUCGAGCAGCACGUCCACAUGCUCGGCCAGCUCCGCCACCCCAACGUCCUCCCCCCCGUCGGCUACCAUUACCGCAAGGAGGAGAAGCUCAUCGUCUCCGAGUACAUGCCCCGCGGCAGCCUCCUCUACAUCCUCCAUGGCGACCAGAGUCCGAACAGGGUGAUCCUGGACUGGCAGGGGAGGGUGAGGAUCGCGGUGGGCGUGGUGCGGGGGCUGGCGUUCCUGCACGAGAGGCUGGGGAUCCCGGCGGGGAGGCUGGUGAGCAUGGACGGGGCGGACUUCGACGCGCCGCCGCCGCCGCCGCCGCACGGGAACCUCAAGUCGGGGAACAUCCUGCUGGGGGCGGACAUGGAGCCACUGCUGGUGGACUACGGCUUCUUCCCGCUGGUGAACGCGGCGCAGGCGCCGCAGGCCAUGUUCGCGUUCCGGUCGCCAGAGGGCACCACGCGCGGGGUGGUGUCGGCGCGCUCCGACGUCUACUGCCUCGGCGUCGUGCUCCUGGAGCUCGUCACGGGCCGGUUCCCGUCGCAGUACCUCCUCAGCGCGCGCGGCGGCACCGACGUCGUGCACUGGGCGGCCACGGCCGUCGCCGAGGGCGGCGAGGCGGAGCUCGUCGACCCCGCCAUCGCCGCCGCCGGAGGGGACGCCGCCGUCAGGCUGCUCCGGGUCGGCGUGCACUGCGCUAGCCCCGAGCCCGAGUGCCGGCCCAGCGUCGCCGAGGCCGCGUGGAUGGUGGAGGAGAUCGGCAGCGCCGCCGGCGGCGCGUCGUGAAUCGUGAUCACGGACGCACAAACGUCACUGGUGCAUUGGAGUGUGGCACGUCCACGUACGCACGGGUGGAGUCGAGGACAUGCAUGCAUGGGGAGGACCUCGGUCGUCAGAUCCUGGCCGUUGAUCAGAGAUGUCGAAUGGGUAUGGUUGCGCCACGUGUACAUUACGGUUGUGGUCCGAAUUUGUGUGUAAAGGAAAAAAAGGACUAAAAUGAAAGAGGGAGACGAGGAGCUGGGGGUGUACGCAUGCCAUAUUUGAAAAAACCUAGGGGCCAUUUCUUCUAGUGGAGGAGAGCGUUUACGACCAUACUUUAUAUCAAGGGAUCAAAGAUCAUGUGUCCUAUUGUGUGUGCAUGUCAAAAGCAGCGUUUUGUCUUAGGAUGCUAUGGGUUUGUUGUAAUUAAGGAUACAUGUAUUUUAGCUUUCAAAUUGGUGUCUAAUUUUGAGUAAAAAUGUCA